AUGGCUUCAAAAUCAAAAGCUGCUACAGAGACCCAGAUCGCUGGUCAUAACAAUAAACAUAAAGAGAAAACAAACAAUCAAAAGCAGUCAUCAUCAGCAGGCCUGGAAGAGGACCCAGAAAGCACGAGGGCAUCGUUCGCCAGAUUAUACACAUCGCCAAACGAUGAGAUAUUCAAUAAAGAGACCAAAUCCUCGCCUCUAUUGGCAACAACUCCUCCAACCGUCUCGAAAGCAUUAAUAAGGUCAUAUCCUUAUUUAUUGAUAGCCGAUUACUUCUUGGGGGUCCUCACAUGGACUAACGAUGAUGUGUAUUUAAAUUUGGCAUGUGUAUCAGGAAUCAUGACCUUCAUACUAUAUUUCAACGUUAUAGUGACAUAUUUUGGUCAUGUGCUUAUAGUAUUAAUUCUCUUUCUAUAUUUCUUGUUGAUAAAGAAUAUCCAGGAUGAACAAGAGAAAAAACCAACAUUGGAUAACAUUGUCCAAGUGUUGACCAAAGUAUCCAUCAAGGCUGAUUUAUUGUUAGCCCCAAUAACCACAUUGAAUUUGACACAAUAUGACUUGAAAAGAUUAUUGUUGACAAUAAUAUUUCUUUCCCCAAUUUAUGUCAUGGCCAGUCAUUUUAUAUUUGGGGCGCGCUCCCUUAUUUCAGUGGGGAUUUUUUAUUUGCUAACGUACCAUUCGUUAUAUUCAAGAGUCACCAGAAGAAUCCUAUGGAAAUCCAAAACGGUUAGGCUCCUUUGCUUUUAUGCUACGGGAUUGAAUUUCGAAAAAGGUUCAAAUGCCGGACUCUUUUCUAAUGUCAUGGCCAAGGUGAAACAGACAAAUAAUAUCACUUCUUUAUCGCAUUCAAAUGAUGGCAAGCCAAUUAGAUUUACUUAUGUGAUCCAUGAAAAUCAAAGAAAAUGGCUUGGGAUUGGCUGGACUUCUAAUUUGCUUAAUUAUGAAAGAGCGCCUUGGACCGAUGAAUUUUUGAACGAAUCUCCAACUCCGGAUGAUUUUAAGCUCCCUGAUUACAAUGAAGAUGGCGAAGACUUGGUAUGGAGAUGGGUUGAUACAAAUUGGAGAUUGGAUUUAACAAAUGAUGGCGCAUUAACACUUAAAAACCCUAAAAAGAACACUAAGGUCGAUCCAGCUGCCGAUGAUGGAUAUGUGUAUUAUGAUAAUACUUGGAAGAGACCGUCGAGCGAAGAUUCAUUUGGGAAGUAUACUAGACGCAGAAGAUGGUUGCGUACAGCAGAACUCGUCCACAUAUCUAGAACUAACCAGACACUGACGUUAAGUAAUGGAAGUUUGUAUUUGAACGAAACAAUGUCAACGUCUCCAAUAUCUCCAGAAAUCCAACAUGUCCAGGCGUCAGGUAUCCAAGCCACGGAAAAUGGAAUAGAAGGGUUCAAGAAAAGAAGAAGUAUCCGUUUUGACACACGCCCAGUCAUUUUAGAAGAACCCAAGUCUGAUGGAUCAAAGAAAAUGUUUAAUGGUGGGCUGGUAUUACACGAUGAUCUGUUUAAUGAGGGCACAACUGAUAAUAAGAAUCAUGAUUCAUCAUUAGUAGAUGUUGAUUAA